AUGAGACUCCAGAGCUCCCUCCUCCUGGUAGUCCUCCUGGCUUUGGAGACCCAGCUGCCUGUGGCCUGGUGCAGGAACAAGGGAGAAAAAAUGGGGGGCUGCCCACCAGACGACGGACCUUGCCUCAAGGUGACUCCUGACCAGUGCAUGAAUGACCGCCAGUGUCCCUCAUCUAUGAAGUGCUGCUCCAGAGCCUGUUUCCGCCAGUGCGUCCCCAGGGUCUCAGUAAAGCUGGGCAAGUGCCCCGUGGAUAAACUCCACUGCCUCAGUCCUAAAAAGCACACGUGUAACAAAGACUUCGACUGCUCAGGCAAGAAGCGAUGCUGCCUCAGCGCCUGUGGCCGGGACUGCCGAGACCCCAGCAAAGGCUCUGACUUUGAAGGAUACUCCCAGCUGUUAGGCCCCCAUCCAUCCCAGGCAAGAAUAGAAACCAGCGCCUCCGGCCGCCCGCGGCCUCCCUCCCUCCCCCGGCAGCGAUCGAUGCGGCCUCAGCCGCGGGGGACGGGAACACAGGAAAGGAGGGGGCCGCCGGGCCUCCGCAGGAGUGAGGCGCAGCGGGGCCUCCGGGGCAGAAAACAGCCCCGGAGGCGCCUUUUGGAGACAGGCGCGCUGGACUCCCAGGAGGCCAGGACAGGUAAGAGAGCUAAUGCCCAGAGCCCAGUAGCCAACUAA